CCGCGGCGACGGUGACGACAGUGUCCGCACCUCCUGUGUUUUCUGAGCGACACCCGAACAAAGGCCUGCCCCUUUUCAUGAGGAUUUCUCUAGCGCCAUCGUUACUUUACGUGUAAUCACGAUUACUAAAUCGGAUUACGAUACUUUUAUUAUAUUUCAAGACGUCUGUAACGGCAGAGAGAGCGUCCGAGAUGGAUGUGGAUCACCACGAAACCAGCGGCGAGACAAAGUCGGCCAUGCAUACUUGGCGUUAUCGCCACCAUUUCACGUACAAGGCAGAUCAAGGAAAAAAUAUCAUCGUCCAGUGUAAUCUGUGUCUGCCGAGGGUUAAUCUGCUGUCCACGUCGAAAACCUCAACGUCUAACCUAAAGAAGCAUUUAGACAGAACACACCUGGGCUGCGAAGCUAGUCCAGAUGCCAAGAGGGGGAGGAAGAAAGAGGAACGCAACGGCGAGGAAAGCAGGCACUGCCAGCUGAAAAAACUCAAAGCAGAAAUCAUCUCCAAAUGCAUGACCCAAGCAAAGAUCGACGAUCUAAUCUUCAACUUCAUCGUGGAGGAUUGCCAGUCAUUUUAUGUGCUGGAACAGCCGGGCUUCAGGAAGCUGAUUGCGGGCUUAACUGAAGGGCUGAAGUCCAUGGACAGGGUGACCUUGUUUACAAAGGUGGACCAGGGCUUCUCGAGGAUGCGGGAGGAGCUGAUGGCAAAACUCAGCAACAUCCAGUACGUGUGCACCACGGCAGACAUCUGGACAGCCAGCAACAGGAGCUUCUUUGGGAUGACCUGUCACUGGAUCGACGGCGAUUCUUUGGAGAGGAAAUCCGCUGCUCUGGGGUUCGCACGGCUGCAGGGCAGGAUCACGUACGACACAAUUGCCGGGCGGAUACACGACAUCCAUGUGGCCUACAAUAUCGAAAGCAAAGUUCAGACCACCGUCACUGACAACGGCAGCCCCUUUAUCAGCGUGUUCAAAGAGUUUGCAGUGGACAGCCAGGAAAGUGACGAUGACAUUGGGUUCUACGAGAACGUGAGCGCCGUCCUCGAGGGUGAGCCCGAGCAGGACAUGCUCCUGUUCCUGCCCACUGUACAGCGCUGCGCGUCACACACCCUGGAGCAGAUAGUCACUGAGGACUUUUGGCAGGCUGUGUCACAGGGGCCCAUGUGCCAGCUACAUUACAGUACACUGGCCAAGGUGUUUGCCAUAUGGAGCAAAUGCCACCACCUCCAGGUUGGUAUGGAUGCGGCGGAGGAGAUAGGGAAGAUGGCACUCGUUGUCCCUGCUGUUAUACGCUGGAAUGUGGAGUACUGUGCCGUGCAGAAGAUCGUCUCUCUCACCGAGCGGGAGCUGACAGAGCUGUGCGCCCGCCUGGAGGUCCCGCGCAUGCAGCCCGAGGAGAUGGCCUUCCUCAAAGAAUAUGUGACUGUGUUCCACCCGCUCGCUUUUGCACUUGAACUUUUCCAAGCAGAGCAGAAAUGUUACUUGGGUCUGGUCAUCCCAACCGUACUCAGUCUGAAGAACAAGUUAAAUGAGCAGAAAGAUGCGGCCAAUUACUUUGGCGAUGUCAUCAACGCCAUUGUAAUGGCUAUCGAUGUGCGGUUCCAGGAGCUGUUUGCCAGCACAGAGGCAAAGAUUGCCACAGCCACCACUCCUCAGUUUCGCUUGUGGUGGAUGGCUGCCUCUGAGAGGGAGGAGAUGUGCUCUCUGCUGGCCACAGAGGCGUCCCAGAUGGACCCCUGCAGCGUAGCCGAGGCAAACACCAGCCGGAACCUGUCCACCAUUGAAUCCGAAGAUGACUUCUUCAGCUACGGGCCGGUGAAGCCUGCCACUCAGAUCCAGCAACGGGGAGUGAUGGAAGAGAUCCGCAAGUAUGUGGAAGGAACGGGGAAGAGCCUCGAGUGCCUGCAGGACUUCCCGCGAGUGAAGCAGCUUUUCCUCAAAUACAACACCACCCUGCCAUCCACGGCCCCCGUCCAGCGUCUCUUCAGCCAGAAAGGCAACCUGGUCACGUCACAGAGAAACUUUCUGACUGACGACUACUUCGAGCGCAUUCAGCUUUUGAGGUACAACAGCAACGUGUGCUCUUUGGCCACCGAGUGAAUAUAUUGCCAGUGACUCACUCUCUCAGCCUUCUAAUUGAUGCAGAAACAAACCACAUUGUGCUUACAUCAUUUCAGAAAAAUCCUGAGUUAGUAUCUCAUUUCAGACAACUUAGCCCAGAUGUUUUUUUUAUAAUAUUCUUCCCUUACCUGUUUUAAUAGGCAUAGCUUCUAUCUCUCUCCCCAGAAUGGCCUAAUGAAAAUAUCGAAUUGACAAUCAUGGACAGUGACAUUCAAGGACUCACUAUACUGACAAAAGCAUCUUUUUAUCUGUGCUAUUGUUGUGAUUUGAAGUAGCCACAGGGUUAAACUGAAGUGAUUUUGUCUUUCAGUUAAGCUAGUUUGUUUUUUCUACAGCUGUUCGAUGAGAAUGCAUCUCCUGUCUGUAUGUUUUAUAUCAUAUAUAAAGAGACAAGGAAAU